GCAAGUGGCGGGGGGACCGAGCUAGCCCCCCCCCCCCCGCCCUAGGAAAGAAGAGAGGAGGCUUGGCCCUGUGUUGCCUGCCCGUCUCCUCCUCCCUUUUCCCUACGCAGUAGCCAGAGAAGAGCCUGCUCGCAUAGACGGAGCAGGACGGUGGAGGCCAUGAAUAGCAGCAGCACUUCCCACUCUCUCGCCCAAAGAGUCGUGCACAGAGGAGAUCAAUAGAGGAGGUGGGUUGCAAGCACACCAUGGCGGGAAGUGGCUACACAGACCUGCGAGAGAAGCUGAAGUCCAUGAUGCCUUAUCGGGACAACUACAAAGGCAGCAGCCUGCGGGAUCCUACAGAGUCCCCCUAUGGGAAAGUUGGGGGGGCCGCUGCUGCGGAGCGAAAACGCAAGUACCAUGAGGACUCUGACUCUGAGCCCAGUGACUACGAGGAGGAGCAGCAGCAGCAGCAGAAAGAGGAGGAGGAGGCCCGGAAAGUCAAAAGUGGUAUCCGGCAGCUUCGUCUCUUCAGCCCAGACGAGUGUGCCAAGAUUGAAGCCCGGAUUGAGGAUGUGGUAUCUAGAGCUGAGAAAGGCCUCUACAAAGAGCAUACGGUGGACAGGGCCCCUCUUCGCAACAAGUAUUUCUUUGGGGAGGGCUACACAUAUGGGUCCCAGCUGCAGAGACGAGGCCCUGGUCAGGAAAGGCUGUACCCUCAGGGGGAGGUGGAUGCCAUUCCUGAGUGGGUGCAUGACCUGGUGAUCCGGAAGCUAGUGGAGCACAGGGUGAUCCCUGAGGGCUUUGUGAACAGUGCGGUGAUCAACGACUACCAGCCUGGUGGCUGCAUUGUCUCCCAUGUGGACCCUAUCCACAUCUUUGAGAGACCCAUCGUCUCUGUGUCUUUCUUCAGCGACUCUGCACUCUGCUUUGGGUGUAAGUUCCAGUUCAAGCCCAUCAGAGUCUCCGAACCUGUCUUGUUCCUGCCAGUGAGGAGAGGGAGUGUCACUGUGCUAAGUGGAUAUGCAGCUGACGAAAUUACGCACUGCAUUCGACCGCAGGACAUCAAGGAGAGGAGAGCUGUCAUCAUCCUUAGAAAAACAAGACUAGAUGCUCCUCGAUUGGAAACAAAAUCGCUGAGUAGCUCUGUGUUGCCACCAGGUUACACCUCUGACCGUCUAUCAGGAAGCAACAGGGACCAGAUCCUGAAACCAAAGCGGUCGCAUCGCAAAGCAGAUCCUGAUGCUGCUCACAGGCCGCGGAUUUUAGAAAUGGAUAAGGAGGAGAACAGGCGCUCGGUCCUCUUACCAAAACAUAGGAGACGGAGCAACUUCAGCUCUGAGAACUAUUGGCGAAGGUCUUACGAGUAUACAGAGGACUAUGACGAGGAGGAGGAGGAUGGAAGUCCAGCCCGCAAAGUUAAAAUGAGGCGACAUUGAGGCAUGAGCUUUCCAGAGUCUCAAAGCUGAAGAGAUUGGCCUCCAGUUUAUGAAAACUCCCCCUCCUUCCCUCCCCUCCCCUCCCCUCCUGACCCCAGCUAUUUCUCAUCUAGCUUCAGUUUUGUUGUUUCCUUUCAGGCUGAAGAGUAACUGGGAAGUAUCUGGCUAUUUGUUUUUAUGAAUGGAGUAGUACUGAGGCAUAAAUAUUGGUGGAAUGUGUAAGGUGCCACCUGCAGUUUCCAAAGGGGUGUGUCAGAUGGGCAUCCCCUCCCUCAUGAAGUGGAUAUUAUUCAUGCUGCACCAGGCUGCCUGGCCUGUAUUUUUGAAAACACCAAAAAGUUAACUGUUUCGUUACUGAAGACUUAAGAAAUUAAUUUUUCCUUUGCUUUAUUUAACUAAGUUUCUUUUUAAAAUGUUCUAAAUAUCUUGUUUGACCCCAAGAGUUGAAACUCUUUGUAGUGGCCUCAUGCUCCAUGCUACACCAAAGGGCUCCUAAAUUCCUACGUCUGCUAUUACAUAGUUUGGGUUUUUUGUUUUUAAAGGUGUCCUGCAGCAACUGGAAGUUUUGAAGCUUUGCAGGCACCUCUUACUGCAAUCGAUUACAAAGUAUUUAGAAUAUUUGUUGCACUUUAGUAACAGCUUUUAAUGCCCUAUGCUUCCCUCCACUUCCCCCUCAGCUAGUUUGGGCUUGCAAGCAUCUUGUUUUCUGCACUGCUGACUAGAGGGUGUAUUCUCUCUGCGAAGGCCAUACAUAAGCUCUUGCUCACAUCAGUGGUGGUUUUGAGGGGCUCCUCGAGGAGAGAAUAGGCUUGUUUGAAGGAGGGAGGAAUGUUGGACUUGAAGUUGCUCCAUCCACUUGACGCAUCUCACUAACAGCAUCAUUACAAUUUUUCAGAAGUAUAUUGAAGUGUUUGGGGGUGGUUUUUUUGUUUUUGUUUUUUGUUUGUUAAAUCUCUGGAUAAGUGUUUUAACUGGCUUUAUUGAGGCCUGUAAAGCUACGGGACUUUGAGUCUAAAAGUUUGUGUGUGUGUGGUGUGUGUUUUUGGAUACCUGCUUUAUCCUUCUCAAAGAUAGAGAAUAGCCAGAACAAUGUGUAGGGCUAGCAGAUCGCACUUGUGAGGGAAUGCGACUUGGCAACACCCUGGGAAGGGCUGUCUUUAUGCUGGCUGGCAUCUUGGUGGAAGUGGAUCUCUCCCUUCUUGGUUCAGGAGGAAAAGGAUCCAGACUGUUAUCUCUGGAGUACCCUAGUGGAGGAUGCUUCAGAGCAUUGCAGCAGCUUGAAGAAUCUGUCAGAUUUCUCAGCCACAAAGAUGUGCUGAUGCAUAGAAGUGCGUGAUAUUGUCACCCCAGUAGAACUAGAAGACUUGGGGAUGUGGGGGGGGGGGUUGGCCGUUUGAGGCAGGAACCCUCUGCGUAGGUGUCAGAUGACUCCCAUUUAUCUUGCAUAGCACAGUCUGUUCCUAGCCUCAACAAAUAUCACAACUGUUCUGUGUCCCUCUUCUAUUUACUGAGAGACGCUAGGAAUUCCGGUGCCAUGAGCCUCUUGGCCAACUACUUAAAGUGCUGAGAAUAAGAUUCCUAGAGUCCAAGGAGUUAAUAGGAGAAUUUAGAUAUUCUAAUAUGUGUUUCUGAUCAUCUUUCCACAUUCAGUCUGCAUUAUCCUGGCUUGAAGCCUCAAUGAGUUGUCAAAGUUUGGGGUCUAAUAACUUAUUUAGUACCCUAAUUUUAAUAAAUAAAUAUUAACUGUCUUCUCCAUUUGAUUCCUUGAAUCCAAAUGUCAGCAAUUCCAAAUAUUGGUCUUUAUUUUUAAGUUUGGUUGUUUUUUUUUGUUUUUUUGUUUUUUACAGCUUUGCCUUUCCUAAACACUUUUUUUUUUUUUGGUAGUUUUCUUUGGUAGCGUGUCUUGAACACUAGCUAUGGUCUAUGUACUUUACAAUAAAAAGAUCUAAUAUAUUUUGAAACAUGUCUGGUGCUGUCAUGAGGAGUUUUCAGUCCAGAAACCAAGCAUUGUUCCUCGUGUGCUGUUUGUUGGAAAUCUUGUAUGUUUACUAACCAUCUGACUCGUGUGGUUCUCCUACCCCAAAAUGUACAGGUGGUUCCUCUUGAAUGCUGAGACUAUUUAAAACUAGAUCCACCAUUGGUCAUAAUGCAAACAAAACUACUACAGACUUCAGUAGAAGUUUUAUCUGCAUAAGGAUUACUAGACCUAGGGUUGUCUUUUUGUGGCAGGUUGUUGUGGUUUUUUUUUGUUUUGUUUUUUUUCUUCCUGGUUAAGAACUUCAGUUGGCAUCGCUCAAAGUUGAGAAUAGUCUUUCGCCAGCCCCCCCUUUUU